ACAUCACUGAGGAUGAUGAUCUUCUGUUGUUGUUAAUGGUGUCGUCCUGUCUGACACACACACACACGGCUCUGAUGUAUCAUCUUUGUCCUUUUUUACUUUUGUACCCUUUCAAAAUAUUUUACUUUUCCUGCAAUAUAAUUAUCGGUUCAGCUUUUCUUCAUAUUCAGAAAACGAGGCACCAGAGAAGAAGAAAAGAAGCAGAGGCUGUCAUCACAAGAAUCUGGAGCAUUACGUCAUGUUAACCCACCCCACCACCACAAACACACACACACACACACACACACACACACAUACGCGCGCACACGCCUCUGUGCAACAUCCGAGCUGUGAUUGGUCCUUUAUCCGGUGGCCUUUAAAUCCCAUUGGCUGAUCUGGAGUCAGCUGCUGCGGUCCUGGCAGAGGGCAGGAGAGAGAGAGAGGGAUGAAAAGGACCCGGUCCUCCCUGAUCCGGAACAACAGAACCAGCAUCCACCGGAGAACCUCCCGCUCUUGAACCUGACUUUGUGGAUUCUGCCGGAGUCAGCGCGGUCCUGUGGUCCCGCUGCGCCGCGUCUCGGCUCGGCUCGGAGCGACGGGGCAGAAGGAGCAGCAGGCGGAGGAGGCAAGCUGUAGAGGAGACUCGCCUCCUGCUGACCAUCUGAAGGAAGUUCUCAUUAUUUAGCUCGUGCUUCCCCCAGCCCAAUGCACCAUGGGACCUGCAGUCCUCCUCAUGUUCCUCCUCUGCCUCAUGACAUCAUCACUGUGUGCUGAACUGGACGGGGACAGCCAAGACGGUGCCGUGCUGUGCCCUCUGCAGUGUGUGUGUGAGACGCGGCCCUGGUACACCCCACAGUCUGUGUAUCACCAGGCCCGGACGGUCGACUGUAAUGAACUCCAUCUGCAGAGAGUACCAGUCAACAUCUCAUCUGACACACAGGUGCUGCUGCUGCAGAGUAACAACAUCUCCUCCAUCACCACUGAACUGCAGAGACUGACCAACCUGACAGAGCUCGACCUAUCACAGAACCAUUUCACACAGGUGAGCUCAAUGGGUCUCUGCUCACUGGACCGGCUGGUAACUCUGUACCUGGAGGAGAAUCACAUUGAGGAGUUGGUGGACUACAGUCUAAGGAACCUGUCCAGUCUGGAGGAGCUCUACAUCAACCACAACCACAUCUCCUCCAUCGGACCCAAAGCCUUCGCCGGCCUCACCAACCUGCUGCGGCUCCACCUGAACUCCAACCGGCUGGUGGCCAUUGACAGUCGCUGGUUUGAAUCCCUGCCGUCGCUGGAGAUCCUGAUGAUCGGGGAGAACCCUAUCCUGGGUCUGGAGGAGAAGAAUUUUCUGCCUCUGUCCCGCCUCCACAGCCUGGUGCUAGCUGGGAUGGGCCUGGCCUCUGUCCCCUCUGCCGCCUUUCUGGGCCUCGACUACCUGGAGAGCCUAUCCUUCUACGACAACCAUCUCAGGUCUGUUCCCCGGGACGCUUUGAGCGUUCUCCCUAACCUGAAGUUCCUGGACCUGAACAGGAACCCAAUCAGCCGAGUCCAGCAGGGAGAUUUCCAGAACCUUCAGCACCUGGAGGAGCUCAGUCUGAACAACAUGGAUGAGCUGCUGAUGGUGGAGCGAGCAGCUUUCCAGAACCUUCCAGAAAUUGCCAAACUGGAGCUCUGCAACAACCCACGCCUGUCCUACAUCGACUCACAGGCCUUCAGUGACCUUUUGUCCCUCCGGACUCUCCUUCUCCACAACAACCAGCUCAGCCUCCUCUCCGGAGACCUCCUCUCCUCCCUCCCCUCCUUGGAGGAGUUGUCCGUUCACUCUAACCCGCUGCGAUGUGACUGUCUCUCCUCCUGGGGGCCUCAUCUCGGCAACCAAACACAUCUCAGGCUGCUGGAUUCUUCCAUUACCCUCUGCUCCUCCCCACCUCACCUGAUAGGUCGGGAGCUGCAGGAGGUGGUGGCGGUCGGGUGGGGUGGGGGCGGGGCCAACAGCUGUCUGCCUCACAUCUCUCCUCAUUCCUUCCCACCGACCAUGAACGUCAGCAGUGUGCAGCCAAUCACACUGGAGUGCUGGGCAGAUGCUGACCCUGCCCCCCAGUUCUACUGGGUAACACCCACUGGAGACAAGGUGAGCUCAGAGGCGGUGGCUGCACCAAUCAUAUCAGAGGAGGGGCGUGGCUUGAGUGAAAAGAAGAAAAAGAAGAAGAAGCAUCGCAUGUCGGACCCCGGGGCGCUGGUGAUCGAACACGCAGAGCCGUCAGACGCAGGUGUGUACACCUGUGUAGCAUGGAACGCGGAGGGAGUAGACACAAAGAGCGUCUCGGUGUUUGUGGACUCUCAGGGGUUUGGGGGAUGGUGGUCCCGCGGGGGGACCCGACGGGAUGGUGAUGCCAGCAGAGAGCAGUCGUGGCUGGGGAACUCGUCUGCAGCUUCUCUGGUGGUGCUGGCAAAGGUGGUUCAUGCCCAGUCGGUUGUGUUGGAGUGGAGGUUGUAUCCCAGUGGAGGAACUUUGUCUGUGGGUCAGAACCAGCAGGACGUCCCCCUACCUCUGCCCCGAUGGACCAGCGCCACCGUGCACAUCGACAACCCUCAGAUCAGCUACACUGCCAAGGUCCCAGUUGACGUUCAAGAGUAUAACCUGACACACCUCCUUCCUGCCACACAGUACCACGUCUGCCUCACUGUCUCCUCCUCUCCUUCGACCUCCUCCUCUCCCGGCUCCUCCCCCGACCCCAUCUCUCCGUCCGCCUCCCCCUCCUCUCCCGUCCACACCUCCUGUCUGAACAUCACUACCAAGGAGGCAGGCUUCUCUGUGGAGCUGGUGGCGUCGCGGCGCAGCAGUGUGGCGCUUGCAGCCGUCAUGGGCUCCAUGUUCGCUCUGUCCAUCAUGGCGCUGCUGAUGGUCUACAUGGGACGCCGAAUACAGCAGCACAAGUCCUGUGGCCACUCGCUCAAGAAGUACAUGCAGCACGCCACGUCCAUCCCUCUGAAUGAGCUUUACCCACCACUCAUCACGCUGUGGGAGAGCGAGGCAGAGAAGGACAAAGACGACAAGGAGGAGGAGGAGAGGAGGGCGGGAGAGAGGGAGGAGGAGGCAGGGGGGAGUCAGAUCGACACGACGAAGACGUACAUGUGGUAGCUGCGGGGUUUUUUGGAGGGGGGGGGGCAUGGAGGGACAAGGAAGGAAAGAAGAGACAGUGGAUGGACAAAAAUCAGGGUAAAAUGUGACCCUUUCAAACGAGUGACUGCUGGGGAGAAAGAGAUGAAACUACCUAACAACAGAAAAAAUCUGACGAUAAAAUCAGUGUGAAGACGAAAGGUAAAAUGGACUGGUUUUGUGACGAGCUAAAAUAUAAAAACACCAGUUUCUUUUCUCAUAGCUUCAGUUGUUUGUGUGGAACUGGACAGCUGGUCAUCCCAAGGAAAGACGGACAGAGACAUUUUCAGAAGAGGUCUGGUUUUUUUUUUUUCAAACUGGGGUCGGGGGCCUGUGAACGGGCCAUUAGCUGGUUAAACCAGGACUUUUCUGGACAGGGGAACUGUUGACCUCUUGGUCGAGAUGUUUUCAGAUUUCAUCUCCUUCCUCUCUUUCGCUUUUCUUUCCUUUCACUUCCUCCUCUGUCCUCUUCUCUCUGUCAAGCACACUGACAGUAGCUGUACUGUAAAAACAUAAACUGAUUAUUGUAAUUUAGUUCAUCUGAUGAACGUGAACACAGCACUGACACUCAGCACAGGCAGCAGCAAGUUGCACUCAAAGGUCCUGUGUUCAAACCCUCAGAUUUUCUGGACAGAAACGUCAUACUUUUCAAAACUAUUGAAAAGAAUAUAUAUGAUAAUGUUGAAUUACAAAUUUUUCACUUUACAUGAAGGCAGGAUUGUUCACGCCUUCCAUGUUUUCUUUGAAUGGUCGACUUGCUAAAACAUCCAGAUACCACAGAUCUACUGCAGACCUCACAAAAUGAUACACGUGGCUCUUGACACACGGGACCUUUAAUCCUCCGCAAACCUCUCGACACCAGACUACAUCAGCGCAGCAUGAAUGCAUCGUUCUUAUCACUGUAAUAUUUUUUAUUUCCAUUUGUUCUGCAUCGGGAUUGUACACGGUGGUCGUCACGGCAACAGUCACAAGAUGUGCAUUCUGAUUAUUUGGGGCCAAAGCUCUGCCUCUGACACCACCGUUACAUCUGACUUUAUGGACACCCUCUGCACGGACGCUGACAAUGACCUUUUGUUGCACCGAUGCAGAGUUUGGACCUGUGACUGUUUCUUAUCCUGUUACACUGAGUCCGUCGCACUGGGACGUAGGUGGUGCUGCAUGCCUUUGCACUCUGUGUAGGACUGUCUGUACACAAACCUCGUCUGAGGGACAACCUGCAAACUGCUGGAGUGUUGUGUGAUGUAGAAACAAUUUAAAGCGUCUCACAUGUCGCGUUGAUACUGAGUCAACAGUUUGAGAUUUUCACUCCACAGUUUGCAGAUUUGUUGUUCAGACUUUUAGCCAAAUAUUCCCUCAGCUUUCUGUCAACCAAAACACUUCAGGAAAUAACACCCAAAGGAAACUCUGGGCAUUUCAGAGAAUAUAUUGUGUACAUACGAACAUUACCCACAUGAUAUAUGGCUUUAAAAUUGUUUCUUUGCUUCGUUGUUUUUCUGUUUUCUCUCAAAAUGAACUAAAUCUCUUCAGACUGAUGGUCCAAAAAAAAACAUCCAAGCGAAUUUGAAUUUAAAUAGAAAUGUGAGGAUGAAACAAAGGUUGGUUUCUCUGAGCUUCAGUCAAACCCAGCGUUCACGUGUGUGUUGUUCCUGAAGCUCUCAACUUCAACUGGUUGAAGUUGAGGAAGACCAUGAAGUGUGUCUGAAAGCUCCAGGAACUACUAGAAAUGCACUCAGUAGCGCUCAUAACUCCACCAAGGCCUAACUGUCCAUUUAAAUAAAGUCAAGAUGCACAAAA